AAACUGGAAAAUACUGUAAUUCUGUAAUGCAGGGGUGAAAAAAGAAACGAUUACUGGUGAAGCAAUUCCAAUGAUUAUAAUAGUUAUUUCUGGAUUUCUCUUACUUCUGAUGACAAGAAGCUGAGAUGUCAGUUUUAACAACUGCACUGUAUCUCAAAAAAUGACUCCUAAAUGAUUGACAUUAUCACCUGAGAUCUGUUAAGGAGACGAGAGAUCACUCUGCUUCUUUUUCCAGAUACCACAUGGCCCGUUUCCUGUAAGGACCUCACAGGAAGAACCCACGCUGGAAUCCACACAGCUGAUCACUGGCAGCGACAUCUGAUACCUUGGCAACAGCCAGGCGUCUGGCAGCCGCAUAACUAACAGUAAUGGGUUGUUCCUCUGUCUGUAUCCAUGGAAACACGGAUGCAGCAGCUUGCUCGGCCUAAACCUAACCACCUCAGAUAUCCAGACCGUCGUUCUGUGUACUGGCUGGAUAAGCUGCCUCAGGAGAAGACGAGCUCUGGAACCAAAAUCGAUUUAACUCCUCGCUGGUCAGAGUUAUGUAGGAGUAAAACGUCGCACACUCAGGACAUAGUGUCUCCCAUAUGGGAAGUGAGUAAAUGGGCUCUCAGAACUGUUCCGUCGGAGCGGCUAUGUCGUCUCGCUCGACCUCGGCCUCCUGCAGUCGGCUGGCAGCCCGACCGCUUGCUGCUGACCCCUUUGAGCAGAGCGACGCAAACAGCCAUCGCCACGUCACGGAUAUGUCAGCUUGCCCAACCGAAAAGGAAGGAGGAUCCAGACGGCUCCACCCAGUAUGGCCAGGCUGCUUCCAUGUACCGCACACCCCGCAGAGCAUCAGCACACACACUACUUGCCAAUCCUAAACACGUCCACCCCCAGUAUGUUAGUGAGCGUUCAGUGUGCUGGCCUGUCUCCAGAGCAGCAAGAGCCGCCGUACCCAGCGAGAGACUUCUGGAACUGUCCAGCCCCAAAGAGAGAAAAGCUCUGUUUGAGGGAUAUGACCCAUACGUCGUUAGCCGAGCAGCUCGCUCUGCCAGAGCCUCAGCCCGGAUUCAACAACUCAGUCAACCGCUGCCCCGUAAAUGUAGUGCAGGCAACGCCACCAAAAUCUCAUCCUCUGAUGUCUGGUGAUCAUAACGUCUCUGUGAGAAACAUUCUGCUUCAAAAGGCUUCUCGUUUAAUCUCUUACAUGCACGUGCAUGCAGCUUAUUGCUCAUCUGGAACCACCUGUUUCAUCGAAAUCCAUUUCC